CCUCCUCGUAAAAUGCUAUCUGUCCAAAGAGGUGGCAGUGCAUGGUCUGGGAAAUAACCCGACGAAGCAAUUCUUACUUGUAGGAUUUUGCAACGCUAUGGCCGUGUAUGUCCGGAGCGGAGAAGGUUCUAAAUCCGAUGAGGAAACACAUAGAACAUCCUGCCGCGCAGCCUCGGGCACAUCGAGUCCCAAUCCAUGACCGGGGGAGAACUAUUGGCGGGUAGCGUUUUAAUUGUCACUGAUAUAUCUCACAUAAACGUACAUAUAUAUAUCACGAGAAUAGUAAUCUACAAUACUGCAAAGCCCCCCCUAAGUCAAUUUUGGCGCCUCGAGCUUGACGUGCUUUGCGAAAAGGAUUUCUCUACACAAGAUGGAUCCUAACGAUACGCAGCCAGAUGUAACGCAAGCAAAUGGCACGGUGCCAGAUGCUGUGAAGACAGAUGUUACUCAACCAGCUGUUGUGCAGCCAGAUGUUGGCGCUGAGCCAGAUUUGACGCAUCCCAAAACUACGAAUUCAAAUGUUAAUGGCCUAAACGACACGCUUCCAAACGGCAAUUAUGUAAACGAUAUGGCGCCAAUUGCUACGAAAGCAAAUGGAAUUGAGCCAAGUGGUACGAAUUCGAACAGUAUGAAUCCGGAUGGCAAGAAUCCAAAUGAUACGGCUGAUAGUCCCGAAGAAUCUGCUCGGAGAGGCAUCGACGCCACAGUGAUGCGUUACCCCGAAACUGGCAUUGACGUUCUCAUUGUGGGCGCCGGUUUGGGCGGCCUUACUUGCGCUUUGGAGUGUUGGCGGAAAGGCCAUAAUGUCCAGAUACUGGACCGAAGCCCAGGUCCCAUCAUGACUGGCGACAACGUCCAAAUCCAGCCGAGUGCCAUCUUGCUCCUCCGCCAUUGGCCCGAGAUGGGGUAUCAGAUUGAGCGCGACCAAUACGAUGUCGUCAUGUCAUAUUACAAGCAGACGGGCGAGCGCAUAUACGGUCCAGCGCCACCUAUGUUUAAUGACCCAGAGAAUAUCGUUGGUCGACGAGGCUUUCCCUCGGUCAACGCCCACAGCCGCGUGAAGCUAUACCGCGCAUUUCUAGAACAAGCAGAGCGUGUUGGGCUGAAGGUCGAAUGGGGCAAGAAGGCCGUCGAGUUUUGGGAGGAUAGUCACCGUGGCCUCGGAGGCGUUGUUCUCGAAAAUGGUGAGAUACGCACUGGCGAUAUUGUCGUUGCGGCCGAUGGCCUCAGGACCAAAUCCAGCAAAAUCGUUGGAGGAAUGGACAAAGAGUUGAGGACGAGUGGAAAGGCAAUUUACAGGGCAGGGUACCCCAUAGAACACGCGCUGCGUGACCCAAUUGUGCAGGAACAGUGGGGUUUCAAGACUAACGAGCGGCCUAUAUGGCAGUUUUGGUUGGGGAACGGCGCCCAUGCCAUGGUUGCGCUUACGCAGGACAUGGCAUUCUGGAGUUUUAUCCAUUCGCAUGACGAUUCAGCCACCGAGUCCUGGGUUCCAGACGUCGACCCAUCGGAAGUACUUGCCGUAAUGGAGAAAGAAGUUCCCGUGCACCCCGCUAUUGCAGCAUUUAUUAAAACGGCGCCGAAAGGCUCCAUUGUCAACUGGCAGCUUAAGUUCCGUGAUCCUCAUGAGGAUUGGACCUCACCUAACGGACGAGUUGUGCAGUUGGGUGAUGCCGCACAUGCUUUCCUGCCUACAUCUGGAAAUGGUGCUACCCAAGCCAUUGAGGAUGGAGUCACUCUCGCGACGUGUUUGCAGCUUGGUGGAAAAGCCCAUGCGGCGAACGCGACCAAAGCAUACAACAAGCUCCGCUACCAGAGAGUGUCAUGUGGGCAGAAGAUGGGAUUUGUUAACCAGCAAUUGAAGCAGCACACCGACUGGGACGCAAUCGCGAAGAACCCGGCUUUAAUCCGCUCUCGUUACCCUCGCUGGGUUUGGUCCCACGACCCAGAGGCUUAUGCAUAUGAGAAGUUUUGCGAGGCACUGAACCAUGUGCUUAGCAAUGGGGAGAUAGAGUUAAGAAAUACCAAUUUCCCGCCUGGUCACAAGUUUAGGAAAUGGACGAUGAAAGAAGUCCAGGAACAGAUCAAAUCAGGGCAAAACCUCGAGGAUCUCCAGGACGGUGAUUGGUCUUGAGUCACUAAAGAAUCCAGCAUAAAUGCCGAGAAGCUUGCGGCAGCACAGUCUAACGAAGGCCUAUAGGCAGUUUACUUAUAACUCGUAGGCUCGUUAGAUAGCAUAGAAAUUGUUAAAUAGUCUGUU